GCAGGAGGCAGGUCGUUAGUGGCAGUCUGAGGGAUUUACCCCACCUUCUGUGUUUUUAUUUAUGUCUGUCUGUUAGGGGGGGCUCUCCAGGCUGACAUUUGUCCCCGGACUACAGCUGUGCUCGAGGCGGCUGCAGCCCCCCAGCUGGGACCAGGCGCGCCUCGCUGCGGACUCUCCCGUGCGACAUGUACGAGGGCAAAAAGACGAAAAACAUGUUCCUCACACGAGCUCUGGAAAAGAUCCUGGCCGACAAGGAGGUGAAAAAGGCUCACCACUCACAACUGAGAAAGGCCUGCGAGGUGGCACUAGAGGAAAUCAAGGAGGAAUCAGAAAAAUUAAGUCCACCCAGUGGAGAUGGAAAAUCGGGCUCCAGCACUUUACCGCCAAUCAAAUCCAAGACCAACUUCGUUGAAGCAGACAAGUACUUCUUGCCGUUUGAGCUGGCAUGUCAGUCCAAAUGUCCCCGCAUCGUCAUCACAUCACUCGACUGUUUACAGAAGCUGAUUGCGUAUGGACACCUGACGGGCAGCGCCCCGGACAGCACGGCUCCGGGCAAGAAGCUCAUCGACAGAAUCAUCGAAACCAUCUGUGCUUGUUUCCAAGGACCACAGACGGAUGAGGGCGUUCAGCUACAGAUCAUAAAGGCUCUGUUAACAGCCGUGACCUCUCAGCACAUAGAAAUCCACGAGGGUACCGUGCUGCAGGCCGUCCGCACCUGUUACAACAUCUACCUGGCCAGCAAGAACCUCAUCAACCAGACCACAGCAAAGGCCACGCUCACCCAGAUGCUCAACGUCAUCUUUGCACGCAUGGAGAAUCAAGCACUUACAAAUCACAAGCUAUCUUGGUCUCUGGCCUCCAGAAAGCGUGAUCGCCAGUUGCAGGAAGCGAAACAACUGGAAAGAGAGCGUCACCGGCAGCACUCCCCCGUCACCCCCAACGCCGAGCCCGAGUCCCCGCAGCUCCAGAGUCACGUUCCCCCUCCAGCUAAAGCUGCGGCCCAGGAGGCCAACGGGCCCGUCAGCCCUCCCACUCCCAGCAUCACCAUUCCAUCCACUCCAUCCACACCUUCCACGCCGGUGCCCGAGUCCAGCAGAGGCUCCGUGUCCGGGGAGCAGGGAGAGCAGGGAGAGCAAGGUUCUGCCUACGAGAACCCAGAUCCAGAGAACGGUUCUGAGUUCUGUGUGGCUGAAAACGAGCAGACGGAGGCAGACCAAGCCACCGCAGCAGCGCGGAAUGCAGCAGCCCAGCAGCAUGAAAGAGCAGGCGAGGAGGAGGAGGAAGAGACCCCAAAUUACGAAGAGAAAGCCCAGGAAAUAGUCCAGAGCAUCCUGCAGGAGGUGGUCAAUACUGUUGCAGGAGGUAAUUGUCUGGACCCAGCAAACCUCUGUUCCGACACCAAGAAGUCCAGCAGCGAGAGCGAGCCGGUGGAGUCGGAGCCCGCUGAAGCGGUGACGGAGGGCACCCAGAGCUCCCUGGAGGACGAGGGGACGCUGGGGAGUGACAGCGAACACGUCCACGCCAACGGCAUCCCCGGCACACCCAUCUCCGCCAGCUUCACCCCCUCCCUGCCCGACGACAGACUCUCCGUCUCGUCCACUGACACUCAGGAAUCAGGGGCGACAUCGGGCCAGCCGCCAGGGGCUAAAUUCUCCCACAUCCUCCAAAAAGAUGCUUUUCUUGUCUUUCGCUCACUCUGUAAGCUGUCAAUGAAGCCGCUGUCAGAUGGACCACCGGAUCCAAAGUCCCACGAGCUGCGAUCAAAGGUCUUGUCCCUGCAGCUCCUGCUGUCCAUCCUCCAGAACGCGGGGCCCAUCUUCAAGACCAACGAGAUGUUCAUCAACGCCAUCAAGCAGUACCUCUGCGUAGCCCUGUCCAAGAACGGCGUCUCCUCCGUGCCUGAAGUGUUCGAGCUCUCGCUCUCCAUCUUCCUCACGCUGCUCUCUCACUUCAAGACACACCUCAAGAUGCAGAUCGAGGUGUUCUUCAAAGAGAUUUUCCUUUAUAUCCUCGAGACCUCCACGAGCUCCUACGACCACAAGUGGAUGGUUAUACAAACUCUCACUAGAAUAUGUGCAGAUGCCCAGAGUGUGGUGGACAUCUACGUGAACUACGACUGUGACUUGAAUGCUGCUAACAUAUUUGAACGGCUGGUCAACGACCUCUCCAAAAUUGCGCAGGGUCGUGGAGGCCACGAGCUCGGCAUAACACCUCAACAGGAGUUGACUCUGAGAAAGAAAGGCCUUGAAUGCCUUGUGUCCAUCCUGAAAUGUAUGGUUGAAUGGAGUAAAGACCAAUACGUCAACCCCAACUCCCAGACGAGCCUCGGCCAGGAGAAACCAUCGGAGCAGGACCACACCGAGACAAAGGCCCCGGAGACCAUCAACCGCUAUGGCAGCAUCAACUCUCUGGACUCCACGGCCUCGUCCGGCAUCGGCAGUUACAGCACGCAGAUGUCGGGCACUGACAACCCCGAGCAGUUUGAAGUCCUCAAACAGCAAAAGGAGAUCAUCGAACAGGGCAUCGACCUGUUCAACAAGAAACCAAAGAGGGGAAUCCAGUACCUUCAAGAGCAAGGCAUGCUGGGUACAACCCCGGAGGACCUCGCUCAGUUCUUGCACCAGGAGGAGAGACUUGACUCGACUCAAGUGGGAGAAUUCCUCGGGGAUAAUGACCGAUUCAACAAAGAGGUGAUGUACGCCUACGUGGAUCAGAUGGACUUCCAGGGCAAAGACUUUGUUUCGGCACUAAGGAUGUUCCUGGAAGGCUUUCGUCUCCCUGGCGAGGCCCAGAAAAUCGACCGACUCAUGGAGAAAUUUGCGGCAAGAUAUCUGGAAUGCAACCAAGGGCAAACCCUCUUUGCCAGUGCUGAUACCGCCUACGUCCUCGCGUACUCGAUCAUCAUGCUGACAACAGACCUUCACAGUCCACAGGUGAAGAAUAAAAUGACAAAAGAGCAAUACAUCAAGAUGAACCGCGGCAUCAAUGACAGCAAAGAUCUACCUGAGGAAUAUCUGUCAGCCAUAUACGACGAGAUCGCCGGGAAGAAGAUUGCCAUGAAAGAGACAAAAGAGCUGACUAUGAAGUCCAACAAGCAAAGUAUGACCAGCGAGAAGCAGAGACGUCUCCUCUACAACGUGGAAAUGGAGCAGAUGGCCAAGACGGCGAAGGCUCUGAUGGAGGCCGUCAGCCACGUGCAGGCCCCCUUCACCAGCGCCACGCACCUGGAGCACGUCAGACCCAUGUUUAAGCUUGCGUGGACGCCUUUCCUGGCUGCUUUCAGCGUCGGUCUCCAGGACUGCGACGACACUGAAGUGGCCUCGCUGUGUCUGGAAGGAAUCCGCUGCGCCAUCAGGAUAGCGUGCAUCUUCUCCAUACAGCUGGAGAGGGACGCUUAUGUGCAGGCUUUGGCAAGGUUCACCCUGCUGACAGCCAGCUCUGGCAUCGCCGAGAUGAAGCAGAAAAACAUCGACACCAUCAAGACCCUCAUCACUGUGGCUCACACCGAUGGCAACUACCUGGGAAACUCCUGGCACGAGAUCCUGAAGUGCAUCAGUCAGCUGGAGCUGGCUCAGCUGAUUGGUACGGGCGUGAAGGCGCGCUACAUCUCAGGGACGGUGCGUGGAAAAGAGGGCUUUAUUGCGAGCCUGAAGGAGCAAAGCAACGACGAAUACCUGGGUCUAGCCGGAGGGACGGUGGACCGGAAACAGAUCGCCAGCAUUCAGGAGUCGAUCGGAGAGACCAGCUCCCAGAGUGUUGUGGUAGCUGUGGACAGGAUAUUCACAGGUUCCACCAGACUGGACGGUAACGCAAUAGUGGAUUUUGUGCGCUGGCUGUGCGCCGUGUCCAUGGAUGAGCUGGCCUCGCCUACGCACCCACGAAUGUUCAGCCUGCAGAAGAUAGUUGAGAUCUCGUACUACAACAUGGGCCGUAUCAGGCUGCAGUGGUCCAGGAUCUGGGAAGUCAUCGGGGACCACUUUAACAAGGUCGGCUGUAAUCCCAAUGAAGAUGUAGCAAUUUUCGCAGUGGAUUCUCUCAGGCAACUGUCCAUGAAGUUCUUGGAGAAGGGGGAGCUCGCCAACUUCAGGUUCCAGAAGGAUUUCCUGAGACCUUUCGAGCAUAUCAUGAAAAAGAAUAGGUCUCCCACCAUCAGAGACAUGGUGGUGCGCUGCAUCGCGCAGAUGGUCAACUCCCAGGCGGCAAACAUCCGCUCAGGUUGGAAGAAUAUCUUCUCCGUCUUCCAUCUGGCCGCGUCUGACCAGGACGAGAGCAUCGUGGAGCUGGCCUUCCAGACCACCGGCCAUAUCGUCACGAAUGUAUUUGAGAAGCACUUUGCAGCUACGAUCGACUCCUUCCAAGACGCCGUCAAGUGUUUGUCAGAGUUUGCCUGUAACGCCUCUUUCCCCGACACCAGCAUGGAAGCCAUCCGCCUCAUCCGACACUGUGCCAAAUACGUCUCGGAGCGGCCCCAGGCCUUCAAAGAUUACACCAGCGAUGACAUGAAUGUAGCGCCUGAAGAUCGCGUGUGGGUGCGGGGAUGGUUCCCCAUCCUGUUUGAGCUCUCCUGCAUCAUCAACCGGUGUAAGCUGGAUGUCAGGACCAGGGGGCUCACGGUGAUGUUUGAAGUGAUGAAGACUUAUGGGCACACCUUUGAAAAACACUGGUGGCAGGACCUGUUCAGGAUCGUCUUCCGUAUCUUUGACAACAUGAAGCUGCCUGAGCAACAGACCGAGAAAGCGGAGUGGAUGACCACCACAUGCAACCACGCACUUUAUGCCAUCUGUGAUGUCUUCACGCAAUACUUUGAGUCCCUCAACUGCCUCCUUUUGGACGAUAUCCUGGCUCAGCUCUACUGGUGUGUGCAGCAAGAUAAUGAGCAACUCGCACGUUCGGGCACCAACUGUCUGGAGAAUGUGGUCAUCCUGAAUGGGGAGAAGUUUUCCCCUGAGACCUGGGACAAGACCUGCAACUGCAUGCUGGACAUCUUCAAAACCACAAUCCCACAUGCGUUGUUAACGUGGAGACCUGCAGGUGAAGAACACUUUGCAACACAUAACCUGUCUGACAAGCAGCUGGACACAAUUUCCCAGAAGUCGGUGGAUAUUCAGUCCCGCUCCGAUGACCAGCACUCCAUCGGCAGCGGAGACAGAGUGGCCAUGGAGAACCGUCGCCAGAGUCAGUACGGCUCAGCGGCGGGCACAUGUGAGGACGGCUCCAGGAGCAGGACCCCGACUAAGAUACAGGAGCAGCGUUUGUUCGCAGCUUUGCUGAUAAAGUGCGUCGUGCAGCUUGAGCUGAUCCAGACCAUCGAUAACAUCGUCUUUUUUCCCGCCACCAGUAAGAAGGAAGAUGCCGAGAACUUUGCUGCUGCUCAGCGGGAUGCUGUGUGCGCGGCAGACGUCCCCGUGGAGACCCAGGACCAGGGCAUGUAUCGCUAUCUGACCUCGGAGCAGCUUUUCAAGCUGCUGGACUGCCUGCUGGAGUCUCACUGCUUUGCCAAGGCGUUCAACUCCAACAAUGAGCAAAGGACUUUACUCUGGAAAGCAGGUUUCAAAGGAAAGUCCAAACCCAACCUCUUGAAGCAGGAGACCAGCAGUCUGGCGUGCGGACUGCGCAUCCUGUUUCGCAUGUACACGGAUGACAGCCGUCAGGACGCCUGGGAGGAGGUCCAGAGACGACUGCUCAAUGUGUGCAGUGAGGCAGUGGCGUACUUCUUGGCUCUGACCUCAGAGAGCCACAGAGAGGCCUGGACCAACCUGCUGCUGCUAUUCCUCACCAAGGUGCUAAAGAUCAGUGACGAAAGGUUCAAGGCUCAUGCAUCCAGAUACUACCCCCUCCUGUGUGAGAUCAUGCAGUUUGACCUGAUCCCUGAGCUCCGCGCUGUUCUGAGGAAGUUUUACUUGCGCAUCGGCCUCGUGUUUCACAUUGCACAGCUGCCUGAGCCGGAGGCCGAAGCGGCCCCGCCUGAGGAGCGUGUGGAGCCGGAGACGGACACAGAGGUGGGGGAGGAGGCCGGGGAGGAGGCCCAGUGAUGCUGCACCACAAACAGCCUGGAACACAAAGCUCUACGGAGACCUGGCCGCAGGUCCGUGUGGCUGUACCGCCUCCUCAGGGCCCUCUGUGUGGUUUUGUUGUUUUUUUUAUGCCGAAUACUUGACUUCAGUGGAUUAUCGAUCAGCUGUCUAUUAACACCUACCCUCACCCUUAACUUUUGUCACCACAUACACACAUCCAAACAGCCCAGGCGGGGUACUUGAUAUCAUAAAAAUGGUCUUUUACCAGGUGUAGCGAUGCCUCCAGUGGAUAAAACUACUGAUCAACAACUGACAUCAACCCAUAUCUCUGACGCGAUCAGAAGGAAUUUAUUUCAAAACGUGUGCUUCUUACUGUAUAUUUAAAAAGUGAAGAAUGAAUGAAUGGUUUCAGCAACAUGCAAAAUGACAUUCAGUUACUAUGAAACGUGACAUGUGUCACACGGAUGAUAAUAAUGAUCUCUGUGCGAGCUGCAGAUGGCUAACAUUAGUAUCAAUAGCCUCCUGGAUGAAACUAGUUGUACAGACCUCCCGCUAUGUAAUAUAAUCUUAUAACACUAGAUUUUGUUUUGAUUUUUUUUUUUCUCUCUCUCUGAAUUUGCUGCACUUGAUCUUGUUUUUGAAUGCACUGGAGAUUUUACUUUUGUGAUAAUUUAUUUGACUGCACCAACUCCUGAAGAUUGUCCUACACAGUACGAUAUGUAAUUAAACAUGACCGUGGAAAGUGAAGGGUUAAAUUAUUCCAAUUUUUUUUUUUAUGUUCCUUGGUUUUUAACAGAUAGAUGAUAACUGGGCUUCUUGAACUGGAAGAAAAGAGAACAAACUGAUGCUAGCUGCUUUUGAGUCACUUUUGAGUUGUUUUUUUUUUUCCCUCUUGUUUUCACGUGAGUUUAGUUUUCACUCUUGUGUACAAAAAUCAAUAGUUGAUAAUAUAUUUAAUUUUUUUUCUUUGGUUUGGGGGAAAGCUAUAUGUAUAGAGAAGAUGACAAAUGUUAGCCGUGCUUUAAGUAUGAAUGGGAUGCAUUCCUGCUAACGGAUGUAGAAAACAAAAUGUAUAUGAUAAAGCAAUGUAAAGUUUUCUAUGUUGCAAAAGAUUAUGUACAACUUUCUGUACAAUACAUCAUCUGGCAUUCUAAUCAGGUUCUAGGUCAAUAAACUUUUUGAACUUG